AUUGACCUGGACUUGAAGAGGAACCAGAAUCGAGAGGCUCUGCGUGUGUUACGAAACAGCAUAAAUCAAUCCGGUAACGUGAUGGUCUGCUUUGGAAACAUGUUUAUCAAACUCCCCAAGAGCAGAACCAAGGACAUGAUUCAGAAAGACCAGGAGCAGUUGGAUAAAGAAAUACAACAGCUGCGUAACCAGCUCAGGACAAAAGUGAAUAAUUUAAACGAAGCUCAAGGAAAACCUGAGCUCAAAGGGUUCGAUCUUUCCCCUCUGACCCCGGAUGAAAUUCGGGCCAUUGGAAAGACGAUGAAUAGUUAAGAGCUAUGCUUCACUUUUAAAUUAUCCUCGAAGAAACCUGGCUGAUGUUGCCGUGAUUUGAUGAUUCGCAAUCAUUUGGAUUCCAGGGCUCACCUUGGUAAAAUAUAAUGGAAUCUUUGGAGUCACUCAAUCUAAAGAGAUCUCUGAUGUGGCCUGACCACUGAAAAACACUGCUUCAGAGGAACACGGUGCUGAUUUGUGCCAAAUGCAGUGCUGUGUGGUAUGGACGGAGAGGCACUCGUUCUUGAAUAUUGAAUACUCUGUAUUGCUUAAAUAUUGAGGCUCGAGGGUCUUCUGGCAUUAAUGUGGAUUCGGAAAUCGAUUCCCUAUGGACAUCUGUCUUAUUUGCCUAACCUUGCUCAGCAGUUUGUAUAAUAAACCUCACGUAUCAGUUAAGACCAUUCAUUUAUUAUGACUUAUGCAAAGUCUAAAGAAUGUCAAACUUGCGGAGAAUAUAAACUCUUGAAUGGCACUUGGGCUGAUGUACAACUUAGGCGAUUGUACGAUUUACCGUAGAUCAGACUUUUACUAUAUUUUUUUGCUAUAUUAGACCAAAUUAUUUAAAUAUUGAGUGCAGAGUUACCACAGGCUCUAAUAAUCUCUGUUUCCGAAGUGAAUGCUAAUGCAUUCAAACAGACAUUUCCUUUUCAUAGAACUAUACAGCACAGAAGGAGGCCAUUCGGCCCAUUGUGUCUGUGCCGGCUCUUUGAAAAGAGCUAUCCAAUUCAAUCCCACUCCCCCGUUUUCUCCACAUAGCCCUGCAAACUUGUCCUCCCCAAAUAAUUACCCACAUUUUGUGGGAAUGUUCCAACAGAUUUCCUUCAUGGAAAUUUCCAGCUGUUCACAAAUGAGGAUCAAGUGUAAACCGAGCCCGAUCCAAUCUUGUUGGUACUAUGUAUUAUUAUGACCAUGUUAUUUAUUGUAAUGUAACAAUCUAACAUGAAAUGUUGAUUCACUUCUAAAAGGAUCUGUAUUGAUAAACAAAUAAAACUAGCUAAACCGAUGAUGGGAAAUGUAACAACAAUAAUAAAUUGGUCAUUUUCAAUCUA